AAAGCCUAACCCAAAAAAAAAAAAUCAGUGCCAUCCUCCGUGUGUGCGCGCUAUUCAUUCUGGAUCUCCGAGCUCGCAGCACAGGUGACUCGUUGGAGGCGUUUCCUCCAUUUUGCUCGCGGGGAGGCAAACGUCGGCGGGGAAGAGAGUUGCGGCGCAGCGGACCCUCUCUACAGGGGAGGAGGCGACGGGCACACGGAACGAGCAAGGGAAUCACAAUAUAGGGACGUGGGACUGAGGCUGCAUCGCUUCCUUUGUAUCCCUCUGACAACACCUUGCCCAGCAUCCCAUCUCAGCCUCUCCGGCAACCCAACAGCGGCGGCGAAUAGGCGGUUCCCGCCACAUGGGUCGCCAGUCCAGGAAGCUUGCAAAGAGAAGGGCGGAUGCUGAGGCCGAGGCAGCAGCGGCUCCUCCGGCUACGUCGACAUCACAUAGUCCUCCGGCCAAAAAGCAGAAGCUAAGUAGCGGGCUAAAUAACUGGGAGGCGGAGAAACUUUUUGGCGAGAUCACGAGUAAGUUGAAGAAUUACCCGCGUGUUUCCCAACCUCUCCCCCGCAGGCUAAAGAUUGGUACCAGAAGCCUCAAGGACAAAGAUCCCUCGUUGUUGACGUGGACGUGCAAUAAGUGCAGAAGGAUCAAUUAUCCCAGGCGCUACCUGCUGACCGAUCUACCAGUAAUACAAUGUGAAUGCGGUGAAGAGGCUGAUAUUGAAUUUGACUUCUCCAUGGCUAAUAUUGAAGUCAACGGAGAGUGCCCAAUUGGCAAUGUAAAAAAUCAACAAAAAGAACCUAAGUGUACUGUCUAUUCAACGGCUUCUAAUAUUGAGGCUACUCUGCGAAUGAGGCAGAUACUUUCUGGGCAAAAACUUGAAGAUAAUAAACCAGUGAUAAAUAUUAAUCAGCUUGUUGAUCAUUACGAGUUCCUGAGAAUUAAUUAUGGAAUUAACCAAAAACCCGAAGAUCAAUGGAAUUAUAAGACAAUCCGGUCUUUGUUUAUUGCACUUGGACUUUUUGGAGCUGUAACUGAGGAGCCCAGUGUGCACGAGCUUGGUGACUAUGUGAGAGUCAACAAGAAUUUCUAUGACAUCUGCCGGGUUUUGGCAGAUGGACAUCCUCUCACAACUGGGAUUGUCCCUGGGAAAAAAUUUCGGCAUUUAAAGCCAGGUCAAAUAUACAAGGCACCCAAGAAAGAGAAGUUCACUGCAAAUAAAAAAGACACUGGUCAUGCUAUAUUGUUAAUUGGAGCUGGAAGGAGGAGAAAAACAAAUUACUACCACUUCUUAAAUUCAUGGGGGGAAAACUUCUGUUUAACUGAUGAUGGAAAGGGUGGCUUUGGGAUGGUACGGGCAAGUGACAUUACACUUAGGCCAUUGAAAUUCAUCCGCUAUAAAGAAGAAGUGGUACAUCAUCAAAGCCUUGCGUCAACCUAUAAGGCCCAGUAAAUGAAAUGCCGCCAGCAAGCCAUGAGAUUGUUGUUCAUGCUGAGCCCAGCUAGUCAGAUCCAGAUGGGAUGACAAUUGGUAUCCGAGCGAUCAAUGCUCGGACCAAAUUUUUUCUCCCCGGCGGCUUCUUCCAAUGGCGAUCCUGCCCCUUCCCCUUCUCGACCACCGCACCAGCGUCUGCUACCUUCCUCUGCUCCAGCGUAUGCCCCCUCCACCUUCCCCUCUGCCGCCACCUACCACCACCCUUUCCCUGUCUUUGCUGAGCCACCUCCUCUUCUACUGUGUCCAGUCUGUUCCCCUCCGUAUCCUGUUGCCCGACGAGCGAGGCGACCCCAGUCCCCACAAAUGUUGAGCCAAAUUGGCCUCCUUUCCAGCAUCCACAGUCCGACGCCGCCCUCCCUCUGUCUACCAAUGCCACCUCGUCUGUUGCGUCUACACCAGGCCUCUUCUCAGGUGCCACCUCGUCCACUGUGUCCAGCACAGGUCUCUUCCCUGGUCCAGCCUCGCUUGGAUCAACAUCGCAUGUGCAUGUGUUCGGCAACACUGUCGUCUCAUCUGCAGCUACCACUGCUCCUAAAACCACCAUCAGCAGAAGCGCAGGCUCGCCCGGAAGCUGCCGUCAGUGAGGAUAUACCUCGUGUGGUCCUCAACGUCAAGCGACGAUUGGAUGAGCAUCAAGCUAAAUCACAGCGUUCGUUUGAUUCGCUGCAAGGUGAGCUCUCCAAACUGAAGGACAGGCUAUCUUCUCUGACCACUUCCAAGGUACCUUUGUCCGCGUCAAACACCACUACUGCCCCGACACCAUCGGUUGGUUUGACAUCAUCAUCCGGAAGCACGACGAUGGCUGCAUCAGCUCCCUCAAUGUUCUGUGCAGCAGCAAGCUUGUCAGUGAGCUCUUGUAGCUCCCAUAUUGGUGCAUCAACUACUGCAUGUGUCACUCCACAUGUGUACGGUGAAAUCCCAGAACAAUAUGGUUUUCACAAUCUCAAUCGCCAAAAUGUGUUCCUAGCAGAUGGUACUGAGCAUAGCUACUAUGUGCUACGGGGAGAUUCUUCAGCUGAGCAGGUUACUCCACCAAUGUUGCCUUCAGUAGCGGAAAAUGUUGGUACCACGCCUCAGCCGUCUGUAGCAGCACAAGCAGCAGGUCUGGCUCCAGUUCCUUGUUCUAAAGCCAACAAUAGAGUUGGUUAUUAAUCACUGUCUGUUCACAUGCUGCAACUGCCAACGACUGCGCCAGAUACCUCCAGUGUGUGCAAGGAAAUGCCUGUAUAUGAUAUUUAUGAAGAAGACAAUUCUUGUCUAAAUUGCAUGGAUGAACAGCUUGCCAAGCCUUUCCACAAGGCAUCCGAGAAUGCAUUCAUUGAACAGCUUCUCACGUGUUUCAGCAAGGCACUGAAAACUGGGCAAACCAGUGGUUGUUUGUACUACACUAUUGAUGUGUUGGAUUAUGCUCUUUAGCAGCAGCAAGAUGAUGAGAUGGCAUUAGCAACCAGGUCCAGUUUACGAAUGCUGCUGCAAAAUUGCAGUGCACAUAUGUCUACAAUCCUGAGAUGGUAUAUGUAUUUUCUGUGAAUUUUGGUGCAAGAGGCAACCCCAUUUUUGCUUCCGUUAUCAUGCAUGUGCUACUUCAUUGGUUUGGGAUGGACAAAAGUGAAUGCAGCAGCUGUACUUGUUCUAGCUGUUCCAUGUUCUAAAGGCAAGCAUCAUUUGUUCCUGUCAAACGGUGGCAAUAGCAGGACAAAUCAUUUAUUUUCUAAGCUAUUCAUGCAAUCCCUAUGGGCAACACCAGCAGUGUAAGUGUCAAAACAGAAGCAUGCUGUGGAUUUUCUUUCAAUGGUUGAGAUGUUGCUGAACGGGGGUGACUUCAAAGAUGGACAUCUAGCAUACAUGCCUCAGGGUACUAGUGUUAGUUCUUCAGAAUUAGCAUUCCCAGUUAAUGCUGAUGCUUAUGUAUCAAGAUACAUCAAGUUCAUACAACAUCUGUCUGUUAGAAGUUUCAGAUAUGCUGGCUCAGGUUAUAUAGGUUUCAGUGAUUGUGAAUGGCUGCCAUUCUUCACUGAAAACGUCUGCGUAUACUGGGAAUCGGACAUUGUGCCACAUCAAGUUCAAUUCUUGCACCAAGUCAGAUAUCAUGCUUCUUAUGCGUGGGACCCUGGUACUAUGUUACUGCAGUACAGGUCCAUCUGGUUGUUACUGCUCACAGAAGAAAAGGAAAAGGUUACACUGGCAUUUCUAAACAUUGGAUUUUCUGGUUGAAUGCUAUGCACUAUCGCCAUAUUUUUCAGAAAUGCAAGGCAAUGAGUUCUCAGUUUUAUUGGCACAAAAGCAUCAAUUUCAAUGGAAUAAUUUGUUAAUAAGUACUUUUGAAGGCCUUGCGUGGAUUGCAAACAUUGGCUGGGAAAGUUCAUGCAUUGCAGCAACAUAAUCUAGAAGGUGAACGCUGGGUCUUGAGUAAUCUUUGGGAGCUGGUGGUGUUCUUCAUGAUUUUGAGCUGAAGAUUGGGUAGGGUAAAUCUUUUGCUAUUCCAUCACAAGGGCUGCCUGAUCCUCCUCCCAGACGUUUGGCACUCAGAAAUAAGGAGGGUGGUACUAUCAUAUCUGGUCAUGGAGGUACACCUGUUGCAGAUGUUACACCACAAACCUCAGAGCUGGUUGAUAAGAAACCGGAGCAAUUCAGUGCAUGCAGCACUGACUGGUGGUGCAUGGAAUUCAGAGAAAGACCCCGAGGUGGAUUCCUUCCUCUGGCCGGCUUCGAGGAGCAGCAGCUACACAGCAAGCUCUACCUGCAGGUGGCUUUGUCAGGGCAGUAUCAGAUUUGCACCUAUGAAUUGCAUCUGGAAGUCAGGAGCACCUCUGGAGUGUAAAGUUUUCCUAUGGCUUGCGGUGCAACAUCGUGUUUGGACCUCUGAUAGAUGGCAUAGGUAUGGCCUGCAAGACAGCAUGUCAGCCUGCUUCACGUGUUUACAGGGGGAGGAUACAAUUGUGCAUGUGUUGGUUCCUCGUGUAAACACGAGGGAGGUCUUGUAUGGUUGCCUAUGGGCAGCAGGAGUGAGCACAGCAGCGCCCGUGGUGACGGACAGCAUCGAGGAUUGGUGGCCUAGAUCGCAUGUGCUGUUCAACAGGAGGAGCAAGAUUCCUUGGCAUGUCUUCCAACAAAUUGCUGGCCGCAGUCGUGGUGAGUUAGCAUGCUGGAUGAGUUCAGUUUAUGGCGUAGGGCAGGUGAAGGAGGGUGCAACCUUGCAGCGAGAGAGUAGUCGAUAGGUUGGGUGUGUGGUGUUCGCUGAAACCCUGUUUGCAGGCGUUCUCAGGUUCUUGUAAAUAACAUUCUAUCUUCUAUAAAAAUACCUUUUUUUU